UUCUCUGCAGAUUUACUGAGGUUUUCUAUGAGAAUAGCGAAUCUGUUGUUCAGUUUCUGGUGAAUCUGUUCACCGCAGCAUCAGAGUUUGACACAAAAACAGGAGAAAAAUACACUGAACUAUUAACAUCUUUGUGUAACUACACAACUUUUGUUUGUAAUGAGGACUUUUAUGAUGAUGAUGAUGAUGGUGAUUGUGAGAUUGAACGACAUUGUGACUUUCUGCUGGAUCUGUGCUUACAUGUGAAGGACUAUGAGAGUCAAACAGGCAGGAGUGUCCUACCAGCAUUACAUUCAAUUUCAUCUCCUGCAGUCUGGACCAUAAACCUCUCAGAGAGAAAGACCUCCAUCCUCCUAGAAGUGUUGAAACUCCAAACAGAGAAGAAACCAGUAGAGCUGAUAGACUGGACAGAUGAUGAAAGUGAAGUGAGAGGAUUCAUCCAGUGUCUGCCAUACAUCUCACAACUGAGUUUUUACUGCACUAUUUUAACUCAAAAGAGAGACAAGUCAGCUAUCAAGUUUCUGAUGAAUUUGUUCACUGCUGCAUCAGAGUCUGGAGAAAAUUACACUGAACUGUUAACAUCUGUGUGCAGUUACAGAUAUUUUCCUUUAAAUUGUUAUGAUGAUGAGCUUCAGUUAAAACAAUCAGAUUUUUUGCUGGAUUUGUGGUUACACGUGAAGGACUAUAUGUCCCAAACAGGCAGAUGUAUCCUUUCAGUGAUUCAGUCAAUUUACCGACUAACUCCUGCAGUCUGGACCAUAAACCUCUCAGAGAGAAAGACCUCCAUCCUACUCGAAGUGCUUAAACUACAAAGAGUAAUAAAACCAGUAGAGCUGAUAGACUGGACAGAUGAUGAGAGUGAAGUGAGAGGAUUCAUUCAGUGUCUGCCAUACAUCUCACAACUGAGAUUUAUUAAACCACCAAAUGAAUCAUCUGAACUGUGGGAAGAAAGAAAGAGAUUAUUUAUACUGGAUUUGUGUCUGCAAGCUGCUGUCUGUCAGAAAGAGACCAUAGAGACAACUGUGAAGAUGCUGCUGUCAUCUGUUAUUUAUGAUCGAUGUGAUUUUCUGCUGGAUCUGUGUUCACAUGUGAAGGACUAUGAGAGUCAAACAGGCAGGAGUGUCCUACCAGCAUUACAGUCAAUUUAUCAGUCAUCUCCUGCAGUCUGGAUCAUAUACCUCUCAGAGAGAAAGACCUCCAUCCUCCUAGAAGUGCUGAAACUCCAAACAGAGAAGAAACCAGUAGAGCUGAUAGACUGCACAGAUGAUGAGAGUGAAGUGAGAGGAUUCAUUCAGUGUCUGCCUUACAUAUCACAACUGAGAUUUGAUCCUGUAUACUGUAAGGGUAUGUCCAAAAAGUGCUCCCAAUUCCUUAUGGAUCUCUUUAUAGAAGCAUCAGACUGUGAAGCAGAUACAGGAAUAAAUUACACUGAACUAUUAACAUCUGUGUGUUGCCACAAAUCUUUCCCCUGUGAGGAGAAAAAUCUUCAUGGGUGUCAGUUUAAUGUUGUUCAAUCAGAUUUUCUGCUGGAUCUGUGUGAACAUGUGAAGGACUAUGAGAGUCAAACAAGCUGGAGACUCCUUCCAGCAUUGCAGUCAAUUUUUCAGUCAUCUCCUGCAGUCUGGAUCAUAAACCUCUCAGAGAUAAAGACCUCCAUCCUCCUAGAAGUGCUGAAACUCCAAACAGAGAAGAAACCAGUAGAGCUGAAAUGCUGGACAGAUGAUAUGGGUGAAGUGAGAAGAUUCAUUCAGUGUCUCCCAUACAUCUCACAACUGAGAUUUGUUGCAGAAACAAAUGAAUUAUCUAAACUAUGGGAAAUAAGAAAGAGAAUAUUUAUUUUGAAAUUGUGCUUGCAAGACGCUGUCUGUCAGAAAGAGAUCACAGAAACAACCUUGAAGAUGCUGCUGUCAUCUGUGAAUUAUAAGAAAUGUGAUUUUCUGCUGGAUCUAUGCAUACUUGUGAAGAAAUAUGAGACUCAAACAGGCAGGAGUGUCCUACCAGCAUUAAAGUCAAUUUAUCAGUCAUCUCCUGCAGUCUGGAUCAUAAACCUCUCAGAGAGAAAGAGCUCCAUCCUCCUAGAAGUGCUGAAACUCCAAACAGAGAAGAAACCAGUAAAGCUGAUAGACUGGACAGAUGAUGAGAGUGAAGUGAGAGGAUUCAUUCAGUGUCUGCCAUACAUCUCACAACUGAGGAAUGCUGAGGAGUAUAUCCCAUCACUGUGUAAAGUGUUUGGUCCUAAAGUGAAUAGAGAUGAGGUGACUCCUCUGCUUCAGGCUCUGGGGUUUACAGUCACUUUGAGUGAAAAAUUACCCAGCAGCACCUGCAGAUGUGUGGGGAGAGUGUUGAGUCUCUCAUCCUCAAAACUAAACCUGACUCUAAAGUCACAAGCAAUCUCUCCUGAAGGUGUCACAUUACUCUUCAGACACAUAACACACCUACAGACCCUCAGUCUGGAAGGCAGGAUGGUGAUCAAGAUGGUCAGCAGCUUAACUUCUCUCCUGAGACGACUGUCUGUACAAUUUCUGGAUCUUACUAAAUGUAAAAUAGAUGCUGUGUCUGUCACUGCUCUGUUGUGUCUUCAGGGACUCCAGACUAUCAGGUUGUCUAAAGAGACUCUUCAGCAGCUGGUUUCAGUGGUGUAUGAAGCACAGGAUGAUGAACUGACACGCUGCUUUCUGAAGAAGGUGUCUGAAGAUCUGACUUCAUGCUCACUGACCUGGGAAGUUAUUCAGUAUCUGCUACAACAUCAACCUUUACAAUUAAAGUUAGACUUGAGGAAAAGCAAAAUCACUUGUGAAAACAUCAGACAACUCGUGCCUUGUUUAGACAGAAUCCAGUUAAAAAGGUUGACUCCCAGUUUAAUUCUGUCCAUCAUUAUGGAGAUUUAUGAGAGUCGCUCUCCUCAGUUUGUGUCCGGUCUGUUGAGUUCAGCUGAGAAUGACAUCAACCUGAAGAACAAAGUGUUGAAUUCAGAUCAGUGUUCAGCUCUGUGCUUCACUCUCCAGCACUGUAACACUGUCAAACUCAAUCUGUUCUGGACCUCCAUACCAGAGGAGGAGCUAAAGAGACUUCUGCCCUUACUCAACAGAGUCACACAACUCAGUGUUGACAGACAGCUCUUACUGAAGCUGCUUCAUUGCUGCAGUUCAUCUGAUGACCAACAGGAGGCAGCAAAUCUUCUGCUCUCUGCUCUUCAGUACAGACUGGAUUUCUCCUCCUGCUCAAUUUUAGACCUGACAGUCACAGAAGAGAACCAAAACUAUUUGAACCUGACGAUAAAAGACUGUAAAAUAAUCUCAUCUGUGCUUCAGAAAUCUCAGAGUGUUGUAAAAUUGGUUUUAAAGGACUGUGAGGUCUCUGAUUCGGCAGUGAAACGACUUUUUCCAGUUCUGUCUCAGGUUCAGCUCAGCUGUGGUAAAGCUCUUCUGCUGCAGUUUAUAGCUUGUAUUACUGAAGAUGCAGAGAAAGGAUCUUUGAGGUGGGUUCAGGCUCUUUGUAAAGCUUUAGGAGGUGAGGUGGACCUCAGUCACACUCAGAUGGAUCAGAGAUGUUGUGAACAGCUGUCAGUGUUUCUGGAAUAUUCUGAUGGAUUGACAGAACUGGACCUCAGUCACUGCAGACUCACUGAUCAAUACAUGAAUCCACUCUUACCACACCUGCACAAGACUCAAACUCUAGAUCUGAGUCACAACAAUAUUACUGAUGAACUAGCAAAGAAAAUACACAGCGUUGUUUCCACUCACGACAAUAUUCAGACAGUACGACUUUUUGGAAACAGAAUCAGAGACAAACAGCACUUUCCCAGAGUCAAGCAAAUUGAAAUAUGGUGAAGACACUCCUUUUUUUUUCAAAAAUAGUUUGAAACAUGAUUAGGAAAAUCAACCACUACCAUGACUUUGUUUAGUAUAAUUAUUAUUAUUGAAUUAUAUUUCUUCAUCUUUUAAAGUACUGUUUUCUGUUUGAACCAAACCAAAUUGAUUAAUGUAAACUGUUUAGUUUAUUAUAGAGCUAUGAUUAAAUACUGUAUAUUGGUUAAUAUUUUAGCAAAGAUUUCAUUAGUGGAGUAUGUACAGUAGUGUAUAUACUGUAUAGGACUAUGCCAGUAUAAACAUGGUUAUAAAUUACUUGUGGUUAUGUUUCUAUUUUCUGGUAUAUCUAGUAAAGCCUACAUUUCAAUGUCUUACUGAAAAUCAUGUAAAGAAGUUUAUUUAAAUUUUCUUUAGGGGAAAAAUAAAUUAAGUCAGAAAUUUUGUACAAGUGUGUAUAUGUUUAACAUGUUAUAUAAUAAAAUGUAAUAAAUAAACACACAAAACUUGAAUAAUUGCUUAAUAGAUUAAUAAUAUCUCAUAGUGAAUAACUGCACAUGAGUCCCUGUUAUAAUGAAGUAAGAUCUGUGUGUGCUCAGAAAACAUCAGCCUGCUUUUGUUUUUCAUUAAGCGUUUAAGGAUAAAACAUGUCAACUGUUAUGAGGGUUUUAAUAAGAUUUUGAGGUCCUGUCACACAUGAAGACAUGUUUCUUUUGUAAAAGGUUUAUUUUGAAGCCAACCAAAGCGGUUUUAAUAUUUAACUACACUGAAUGAAGAAUUGUUGGAUUUAUGUACAUUGUAAUUUAAUUAGAGACACUGGUUUCACAUGAUUGAAAUAAGUUUUCUUUAAAUAAA